AUGAAUCCAUCUGAAUGGGAAAAAUGGAUUUCAACAAUAAAAAUACAACCUCGUCCUAUUUCAUAUCGUCUUAUAUCAUUAGAUGAAAUUCUACUAGAAAGUGAUCGACGUAAUGCACUUAAAGUAGCUAUUGAUUAUAUUUUAAAAAUAGCUGAAACAGACAAUCAUAAUUAUAUUGAACAAUUAAAAAAAUUACGAGAUCUUCCAAAAAAAAAUUGUACUCGAAAUAAAAUUCGUAUACGACGAGCUGAAUCAACAGUAAAUAUUGCAGAAGCAAAGAAAGGUUUAUGUCCUUAUAUUGGAUAUAAAGGAAUAGAAUGUAUUGGAUCAAAAACAAUAGGACGAGCUUUAAUUGCAGAAAAUGCUUCUAGAUUACCAAUUGGUGUUGGUAUGACACUCGACAUAACAACAGGUAGAUUACUUCUUCCUGCUUUGGAGUAUAUCUAUCGUGGAAAUAACUAUUGGACUGAUCCAAUUACAAAGAUAAUAUAUCAAGCACCUCGUGGAGUAACUUUUUCUGCAAUUAAUUCAAAUGAUAAUAAUCCUAUUUCUCGUGUUUUUCUUACGGCGGCUGAAUUAUCAAAUGAAUGGAAAUAUGAAAAAUUAAGAGGAAGUUGGUUAGGUGGAGAAUUUGGUCAUUCAAAAUCAUUACUUGAUAUAUUUAGUAAAUUCUUUUCAAAAAAUCAAGCAAUAGCUAUAACACAAAAGCCAAACGUUUUAUAUCGAUUACGUAUUGAAAAUCUUCAAUUAAAUAAAUAUGCUAGAGAAGCAAUAGAAAAUCUACCAAUUGUAUAUGAUGAAACUUUAUAUAAUGAUUUUUUACAAAAUUGGGGUACACAUAUUGUACAACAAUCUCUUAUUGGUGGAAUGCAUGAACAACAAGUUCUUUUUAAAGAUUGUAUAUUUUCAUUUAAUGGUGCAAUAACAUCAAAUAAUUUAAAUGAUUAUCUUAAAAAAGAUAUUCUUAAUGAAACACUUGGAAAUAAUUUUUAUGCUGAUCGUCGAAAAAUUUUUGUUGAUCAAUGGCUUGGUGGUGAUCCAACUGAAAAGAAUGAAACACGUUGGCAACAAACAUUAGUUGCUAAUCCUGCUUUAUUGAAAAUUGAAGAAUAUGUACCUUGGUCAGAUGUUAUUGAAAUUGAUUCAAAUGUACGUACAAAUUUAAGAAGAAUUAUUCAAUCUCGUACUGCAGCAGCAGAUAAAAUUCGAAUAGAUGAAGAAAAUCAAUUAAAUGAACAACGUAUUAAUGGAAGUUUUAUGAUUAGAGAAGGUUCAAUUGGUCUUUUAAAUAAUGGUAAAUGUGAAAUAAUACCGGCAACAUUUGGUUCGGUAAAAGAUUGUUCAGAAGGAUGUCCAACUAAUACACAGAUAAGAAUUAAUUCUGACUUUUUUGAUAAUCAACAACUUUGGUAUGUACGAGAUGAUACAACAGGAUUUAUUCGAGCUCGAGCACGUAUAGAUGCACAAACAGUCCUUGAAGGACCGAUGAUCAAUGCUGGGUGUUCAUCGAUUGAUACCGGAAGAGAUCCUACUAGAUCUGCCCAUAUAUGCGUUUCAUGUGAUUUAGUGAGUAGUUUUACUAAUCAAUGUGUAUGUAUGUGUCCAACAUAUCCAUCAUCGAGUGGAAAGUAA